AUGCCCUCCUUGAAUGUCCUGUGCAAUUAUUUGCAGCGUCUCCACGAGUUGCUGCAUCCCCUCGGCCAUUGUGUAAGCUCAGAUAUUCCUCUUGCAAAACGUCUGACAGCAGUGACCGGUCCAUGUGACCCUGGCUACUACUGUCCAGAGGGCUCAAGAAGGGCAGACAGUAUCAUCUGUACUGCAGGCUACUAUUGUGGUCAAGGUACCCUUGACCCCAUGGCCUGCCCCAAUGGAACAUUCUCUAAUGCCACUGGCCUGAGUGUUGUCACCCAGUGUACGGACUGUACAGAGGGAUAUUACUGUAAUGGCGUGGCAUUGAUAGAGCCAUCAGGACCUUGCAGUGCAGGCUACUACUGCCCCACUGGUUCCAGUGUAGAGACAGCUGUGGUGUGUCCCAUUGGUCAACACUGUCCACAGGGCAGUGCAAGACCACUGGACUGUGUAGCUGGAACAUACACAGAUAUAGAGGGAGCUGCUGUUUGCCAAGAGUGUCCUGAAGGUUACUACUGUAUCCCAGAGGUGGUCAUCCCAGGCUCGGUGAAUUCCAUAAUGACCACCUGUCCUGAAGGUUUCUACUGCCCCAAUGGAACUGGCCACAACUGGCAGGCCUGCCCUGCUGGGACCUUCAGCAAUGUCACCAAUCUGAGAACUGCCCAGGAAUGUACACCUUGUAUGCCAGGGAUGCACUGCCAAGGUAUCAACCUGACUGCUCCAGCUGGAAGCUGUGCUGAGGGCUAUUACUGUGUGUCAGGAGCAGACAGAGCCAACCCACUCAUGCUUAAUGAAUCCCAGUGUCCCACAGGAACUGUCCAUCCAGUCAUUGGCCAUGAGUGUCCAGCAGGGUUCAAAUGCCCAGCAGGGUCUAGCUACCCAGUGCCCUGUCCAGCUGGCAUGUAUCAAGACUCCACCGCACAGGGCUCCUGUAUCACGUGCGUUGCAGGAUAUUAUUGCUACGGAAACACGACGGACUAUGCUCCCAACAUUUGCCCCGCUGGUUACUACUGCGAAGCAGGCACACCAGAUCCGCUGCAUGCGCCGUGUCCAAACGGGACAUACAAUAACCAGACUGGUAUGGGUAACCUGACUGACUGCUUGUCAUGUCCAGCAGGCAUGUACUGUGAUGGUCAGGCCAAUGAAUAUCCAGAUGGACUGUGUGCUGCAGGCUGGUACUGCUCUAAUGGAUCCUCUGACCCCAGGCCAUCUGGAGAUGGUGGAGACAUCUGCCCAGCAGGCACCUUCUGUCCAUUAGGAUCCAUAGCACCCCAGCCCUGUACUGCUGGUCAGUACUGUAACUCCUCUGGACUGGGAGCACCAGUGGCCGACUGUGACCCUGGCUACUACUGUCCAACAGGGUCCUCAUCACCAAGAGAGGUUCUGUGCCCUGUGGGUCAUUACUGCCCUACAGGAAGUGACCUCCCAGAUCCUUGUAGAAAUGGCACGUAUAAUGCAGGCACAGGACUAGCAGCGCAGGCUGAGUGUACACCGUGUGAUCCUGGGUUUUACUGUAAUGAGACGGGAGCUACAGGAUACAGUGGAGUGUGUGCGGCAGGCUACUACUGUCCAGAAGCUCAGACUGUCCCCAACCCCUAUGCCACUGUGUGUCCUCGUGGUCACUACUGUCCAGUGGGCAGUCCAGUCCCAGUUCCCUGUGAGAUGGGGUACCAACAGGAUGCUGAGGGUCAAGCUCUGUGUGACCCUUGCCCAGAAGGAUUUUACUGUGACAAUGCCACCAUCACCCCCGCUGCCUGCCCAGCUGGCUACUACUGUCCAAACGGUACCAGAUAUGGUCAAGAACACCCAUGUCCACCAGGAACUUUCAAUAAUAUCACUGGACUGAUGACCAGUGCCCAGUGCCAGCCUUGUGCUCCUGGGUUUUACUGCCAGAGAGGAGGAUUGGCAGAACCAGAGGGGCCCUGUAUGGCUGGGUACUACUGUAAUGGCAGCACCAUCAAUCCAAACCCCAGUGAAGGUAUCUGUCCCAUUGGUAACUACUGUCCAGAGGGCAGUGUCUGGCCAGAGCCCUGUCCAUCUGGUACACUGGCCAGCAGUGCAGGAAAUGUCAACGUCAGCGAUUGUGACCCCUGUCCAGCUGGGAGGUAUUGUACUCCAGAAAGCUCACAGAAUGGCCUAACCCCACCGUGUGACCCAGGCUAUGUAUGUCUUGGCGGUGCAGACAACGGUCAGCCCAAUGAUGGUGUGAUGGGCUACAUCUGUCCACAGGGCAACUAUUGCCCAGCUGGGACCAUCACCCCCCAGAACUGCUCCAUGGGAACUUAUGCUCCUGUUGUUGAACUAGGUGAAUGCCUUUCAUGUCCAGCAGGCCAAACUUGCCCAUACAUUGCAAUGAACUACUCCCUACCUUGUCCUGAAGGCUACUACUGUCCCAAUGGUACCUCAGAUAAUGGUAUACCAUGUCCUCUAGGCACCUACAGCAAUGUUACCAGUCUCUCAGUAGAAGGGGACUGCACCCCGUGUCCCACAGGGUACUUCUGUAACCAGACUGGUCUACUAGCACCAGCAGGGCCAUGCAACAGUGGCUACUAUUGUAUAGGUGGCGCCAUGCACCAGGCUCCCAAUGAUGGUGUUAAUGAACCUUGCCCUCUAGGAAGUUACUGUCCUGAAGGAACAACACAGCCUAUCCCGUGUCCCCGUGGAACAGUCAACCCCAACACUGGUGGUCGUUGUCUGGAUGACUGCAUGCCUUGUGUAGGAGGAAUGUACUGUGAAGACCUGAAUGGAACCCAAUUCACAGGAGGAUGUUCCGAGGGGUACUACUGCCCUGGGGAUGUUGCCAUAGAAUCCAGGACCCCAGCCAACUACAGCUGUCCUGCCGGGUUCAUUUGUCCUGCAAACAGUUCCAUCCCAACACCUUGUGUUAAUGCCACUUACCAGCCACAAGAGGGCCAGACCUUCUGUCUCCCAUGCCAGGCUGGCCACUACUGUCCAGUCAAUGCCAGUGACAUGAUACCUUGUCCACAAUACAGCUACUGUCCAGAGGGGUCAGUGGUACCGACCCUAUGUCCAAACGGCACAUACACUACCAAUUCCACACAAUACCUCACCGAUGCCUCCCAGUGUCUGCCGUGUCCAGAGGGGUCAUACUGCCUGGCUGGACAGAUAGCUGGACUGUGUAACGCUGGGUAUAUCUGUUAUAAUGGAAGCAGUACACCGACCCCGACAUGUGAUAAUGCCACAGGAGUUGAUAACUGCCCCACUGGGGAGCUGUGCCCAUAUGGUUAUUACUGUCUGGCAGGUUGUGUUGAACCAUCCACAUGUCCACCAGGCACUGUGAUCAACAAGGUGGGUGCCAUGUCGGCCCUUGAGUGUGACGUCUGCCCGGCCGGAAGAAUCUGUCCAUCUAACUCCACCCUCUCCCAGCCCUGCACCAGAGGUUUCUACUGCAAGUUCAAUGCCACGAUCCUCCCCUGUCCUCCCAACACUUACCAGCCACUUGAGGAGGCUACGGACGAGAGCUGGUGUCUCCCCUGUCCUGCAGGGUACUGGUGUCACUCCUAUGGGAUGCCUGAUCACACUGUCAGCCCGUGUCCGCCAGGGUACUUCUGUCCCGAGGCGACCUGGACACCCAUACCUUGUCCUGCUGGAACAUACAGGGACAUCAAUACUGGCGGGCAUAUCGACGACUGCUUCACUUGUCCAGCUGGAUAUUACUGCCCGGACACAAACAGCACAAUAGCCGGCGUCCAGUGUGACGAGGGCUACUUCUGUCCAAACGGAUCUCAGAACCAGACCAUCUGCCAGCCCGGCUACUACUGCAACAGGUCCAUGACCCAGAAACCAUGUCCACCGGGUUACUACUGCCCCGAGGGGUCAGCCUCCAUGCAGCCUUGUCCCCCUGGGCAUUACUGUCAGGGACGUAAUGAGUGUAAUGAUACUGAUGCAGGUGCCAUAGAACCUGUUCUGUGUCCACUUGGCUACAAAGAAAAGAAUAAUGGCCAGAGCCCGCGCCAGACAUUUGAUGAUACAUGUGACCCCUGUCCUCCUGGAUACUAUGGUGCUGAACCACAACGACAAAACUGCACAGCGUGUCAACCAGGGGUUGUUUGUCACGCGCUUGCAACCACUGAUGUCCCUCUUUCAAAUGACAGUGCUGCCUUUGGAUACAAUACCACUAAUUCAUAUCCUUGUCCUAUAGGUUAUUACUGCCCAGAAGCCAGCAGUGCACCCACAGCUUGCCCCAAUGGAACCUAUAACGCCUUGGAGUACAUGGGCAACCUGACCAACUGCCUGCCUUGUCCAGUUGACCACUUCAAUCACCUGACUGGUCAGAGUGGCUGUUUCUCGUGUGGUGGAGAGGCCAGGCAACCAACUGUUGGUCAAGACACUUGUCUCUGCACUGGACAAGGAAGGGACUUCCAGUCGAGUGACCGUCAGUGUCCAUGUGGUCAAGGUUAUGUGACCCUGGAGGGAAGAUCUCAAGACUGUGUUAAGAAGGUGUAUGUACUGUGCACAGAGGUCUCCACCAGAUCACCAGACGGGCGCUGUCUCACUGAGAGUGACUGGACUGAAUACUGUAAAGAAGUGUGUGGAGAGGAUGACUUUGUCAGCGUGGAUCCCUAUCUUGGCCUGUGUUCCUGUAAAGUUGAUGAUCUUGAGGCAAUUUGUGAUCCUGAGUGUAGAUAUAAACAAAGGUUUACAUUGUCCAUGGUGUGCCCUGCUCUGCCUGAAAAACCUUACAUUGCAGUCACCGACCCUGCAGAUGGGUCAGUCAAGGUAAAGAUCCCUACAACAAGUAUGACCACUAUUGUGAACUCGCGUAACUCCAUCAGUGCAGAUCAGUGCGGUGCCCUAGAUGGCACACAGAGUCCCAUCCACAUGUGUGAAUUCAGCGGUGAUGGAAUCAAUGGAAUUUACAGUCCAAAUCCAGACUAUGUCACAAACCUCCUUGUCUCUAACUCUAAGGAUUUCACAUACAACAGUAACACCACCUACAGUAGUGGUGGAACGUUGCGUCGUCUGCUGACAGUAUCAAAUGGAACAGGUUAUGAAUUUACUGGUAUACGUCAGCCAACAGUGUGCCUGCUGUAUGGAGAGACCAUGAUGAUGGCUGUCACCAAUGAAAACUAUCCAGUUUAUGACAGGAACAAUCUGUACAACACCAAUGAAAAGUUUGACUAUGGAGGUUUCCGCCAGCUAGCAGAGGCAAUGUCCCAGGCAGAGUCACUAAGUACUCUGUUCUCCUACAAGUUCACGGAUCCUGGAGUGUAUGUCUUCUAUCUAAGCUCAAACAUCAACAAGAAGAUGUAUGUGAAAGUCAUGGCUAAGGAUGCCCAGUGUUCAGAAGAUGGUCCUUUCUUCCCCACCACACCACGCUAUGUGAUCCAGAAUGGUAUUGCCUUGGAACAAGAUAUUCUCAAGUCUCCAGACUGGGUUCUUAUUGCCAUUCUGCUGGCCUCUGUGUUAGUGCUGAUGACCAUCAUUGUCAUAGCACUGGUACUCUUCCGUAAAUAUGGCUGGAACAAAGCCUCAUUCAUCUUCCCCAAGUAUCGCAGCCUGGCAGUAAAGUAUAACCUGGAGGACUAUGCCAGCAAGGGCUCAUCUGUUCAUCCAGUCAAGAAAUACAACAGAAACAUUGAGGCUAUGCCAGACACUGCUGCCACCUAUCCUAUGAUCACAGAUGGAGAUAACCAGUCAUUAGUGUUACACACUGGUGCAGAAAAGGUCAAAGAAGAUGAGUUCUGGGAUUAUGACCACCAGGUUGACCUUGAAGCCUUCAGCACGCCUGAGCUGUAUGACACUCUGGCUAAACAGUCCUAUGAGGUGACUAAACAGCUGGGCAGACAGAAGGAAGAGGCCAAAUCCCUGUUCCAAAAGCUGAACAACCAGGCCUUGUCUCUCAAAGGAUUGUGGGCUGCCAAACUCAACCUGAAGGGAGGAAGCUCUGCUCUGGCCACCAAAGAAGACCUGGCUGCCUACGAGAGAAAACUUGAAGAGCUGGAAAUUGAGCUGGAGAGGCGUCGUGAACUAGGGUCACGCUUCCAGACUAUCCUUGAGAGGCAGAUCAACCUGCAGGAACAGGAUGAGAAGAGUCGUGAAGAACACCAGGUGAGCUUCCAGACUGCAAUGAGAGAAGCCAUGCGUUUACUCAACGAACACUCAGAGAAGCUCCAGAGAGGCCAGGUUAUCAAAGAUGGCGCCUUUGAUGAGGAGCUGCACCGCUCUGUUGGUGCUCGGGUAGGCGCCCUCGUGCAGCGAAUGUCUGCUGAAGUGUCCAAGGAAUGCAUGCGUCUUGGUUCCUGGGGAGUCCUAGGUCAGGGAACUGGAGGUCAGAUGGUUGCCAAGGAUACCAAGGAGCCAUUAUCAAGACAAGACCUCAUAGACUCAGACUCAAAUAUCCUGGCCCCAGAACUGAUUCACAUGAAUCCAGAGACCGGCCUUAUUAUACCCAACAGUGAUGCCCAGAUGUUACUGGCCAGUGGUCAGGUGGUAGACAUCCCCCAUGACCACUUUGUCCACCCACAGACUGGCCGUGUGCUGCCCAUUGCUGGCAAUGUAGCCUUUGAUCCUGUCUCCACACGCCUUGUGUUCACUACAGACUCUGCUACUGGAGAAGCCACAAGAACAGAUGAACCACUGAUCCCAUAUGUGCCUUACCCGACCAAUCCCAGCACUGGGUUACCAGUACCUACCAAACUGGUACCUCUCCAGUGCCGCAGUGACAUGAAAUAUGGCGCCCCAGUGCCAGACCCAACUAGUGGCCUUCAUGUUCCAAUCACAGCAAUGACCAUCAAUCCCCAGACUGGCACUGUCCUUCCUGUAGGUGGCAGCCAUAUUGACCCAGUUACAGGACUGCCUAUUGCCAUAGAGAUUGGUUCCUUGAUGCUGGAUCCUCAAACGGAGCAGCCAGUGCCAAUAUUAGCUACUACCAUUGAUCCCGAGACAGGUGACAUCAUCCCAGUUGGCGGAACGCGUCCUGGCAGCCAAGGUGGGGACAUUCCCAUCAUUCCCGGUGACAGCUUUGUAGAACCCCUCAGUGGCAAGAUGUGUCGUGUCAAUGGCGGCACACUUAAGGAAAAUAUGGUCGCGGUGGCAUGUGCAGGUGGCUACCAAGCUCUGCUAGAUGCCAAUGUAUUGGCAUGUGAAGUACGAGCCCUUGACUCAGUGCGAGAACUGAAGGAUAUUGUAACAGGUCCCGAAGCAGCAGAUGGCAGCACUCCAUUUAACCCGCGCCAUGAGGAGACCAUGUUGGAGGCUUCCCUCAAAGAAAUGAACAAAGCUCGCACACGCAUGAAGACGCAUUUGUUACGCACUGGCCAUGAUAUAUACAGAAGAUAUGACAGAGCUACAGUACUAGCUUCCACUGGAGGAUCACCAGGCAUGUACCAGUUCACUGCAACAGGGCAGCUCCUCCCCAUCUUGAUUGGCACAUCCAUGCAAGACCCCUCUGGCAGUGGUGUGGAGGUCCCCAUACUUGCAGCAGACAAAGACAAGACAGGUGUGAUUAUACCACUAGGUGGUACCAUGGAGGAUCCAGAGGGAGAAGGUUCAGUCCCAAUAAUGAUUGGCAGACAAGCCGUGGACACAGUCACUGGGGAGCUUAGUCCAAUCAGUGGUGUGCGCAUUGACCCAGAAACCAACACUGUUGUACCCAUAACUCUGUCCUCAGGAGGACACAAAAAGCGCCGCCCACCUCUAGGAGCUGUUGCCAUGUUGGAAGAAGAGAUUGUUGCACGUCGUGGUUUCUGGCGCAGACAACGCCAGCGAGAAGAGACACUAACAAUGCAAGAAUUCCAUCUUGCUCAACAUCUCAUGCAUAACAUGGAAUCUCUGACUGCCAAAGAGGUUGAAAACACACUGGCAUCUGUCUCUGAAUCUACGUAUGAACUGUCCGAGUCUGCCAGCAGGGAAGUGCAGCGACGCAAGGAUGCCGAGGAGGAGCUUUCUACAGUGCUGCCACCUAAUGUUGUGGCAGUUCUUACGCAGGGUGACCAGUAUGAGCGUGAAAGAGAAGAAGCUCAUCACUCAGCACACAAAAAGUUUGUUGAAGCCACACAGAAGUUCCUCAAGAAGUUGGAAGCAGAGGAGCAGAAAUUCCACACAAGAAUGGCAGAUCUGGAGGGUGCGAUGAAUCCAGAUGCUGAGAAUGUUGUCCGCCAGCGCCAUGUACAAGCCAAGGCUCGACUACAAGCAGAGCUUUAUGAUCAAAUCAUGAAUAGAAGUGAGCAACUAGAUCAGCAGCAUUCGUCUUUGGAGUACACCAGGGAGCGUAACGAACUGUUGUGCCAAGAGGCCAAGGUGGUGCUGACAGGUCUGGCGGUUCUGGCUGGCGAUUAUGACUGUACACUGCCUGGAGUGUAUGGAGAGAUGGACCUGACUUCCUCUUCCUCAGACAGAGAAUUAGUCCCAUUACUAAAACAACUGAUCUCAAUGCUGGAGUCUGGUGGACCAUUUGUUCUGACCUCUGAGAUGCUGAACCUUCUUGGUGGUAAUAUCACAAACUUGAAUAUAAACCGGGCUGCAGCAGCAAGGCCCCCUGCAGCUGGCGCUGAAGGCGGUCAAUCAAAGAGAGACCAUCCACCAACACCAAAAGUGGAAAGGGCUCAUCUUGUGCAGAGUGGCGCCCCUACAACACCAGCCACAGGCCUCAGUGGCAGCACCACUAAUUUCUCCUCAAUGGUAAACCAGGGUGCCUUGAAGAAGCCACCUGGGGAACUGAGUGAGGAAGAAAAAGCUAGACUGCAGAAACAACUCUUUGACAAGCAGGCUUAUGAAGCUGCUAAGCUGGAGAACAGCCUACGUGAUGAAGAGAUAAAGAAUAUCAAUGAAGUGAUUGCAGAGGUUGAAACCAAAAAACAAAAUGCUAUGGAGGAUGCAAAGAAGAACUUGUCCAAGCAACUCUCUAAGGCUACCACUGAUGCAGAGAGAGAGAAGAUUAUGUUGGAGUAUGCCAACAAUUUGCAGAAGAUUAAUGAUGCACUGGAGAAGCAGAAACAACAACAGUUAGAGUCUCUGAGGAAAAAACUACUAGAACAGCGCCGAAAGGCAAAGAAGGAUCUCCAUAGAACUCAUAUCAACGAAGCGCGAGAAUUAGGCCUGAGCCCAGAUGUUGUACCAGACAUGACCAUCCCCUCUUACGAUGACCUCGAUAAGGACCUGAGACUAUUGGCCCAGCAACAAGAAAGGCUCCUUGCAGAAAUUGCAAAGGCUGAUGCAGAAGCUGAAGAAAAUGCCCGUGAACUUGAUGUUGACAUUGAAGCCCGAUUAAAAUCUCUACAUAUAGGUGGUGUUCCAGAUGCAGAUGGUGCAGUGAAACAGAUGAAGGAGAAGUCCUCCCAAACAAAGUCUAUGCAAAGUGCCUUAAAGGAUAAACUGAAGAACAGGAAAGGAAGGCGUAAUGCAAGAAAGAGCAUGGACAUGGAUGAAAUAAAGAAUCUGAGUGAAGAAGAGAAAAAGAAGUUGGAAGAGGCACAGAAUAUUCAGACUGAGGCAGAUCGUCUGCGAGAGGAGAAUGCUGUCAUGGAGGCACUCAGGAGAUUGGAAGAGGACUCCAACAAACGAGCUGAAGAGGAAGAGGUGAAAAAGCGCCUGCAGGAAAUGAAUGAAGAAGAGCGUAAAAAGAUCAUGCAGCAGUAUGAAGAAGACUGUAUGAAUGUGGGGCACAGGAUGACAGCUUCUAGAGCAAAACAGCGUGACAGUCUGCUAGCCAAGCUGACAGCUCGCAAACAGAUGAAGGAAGAUCUGGCCAAGGAAAGAGCUGUAGCUAAAGAGCUGGACAGAAUCACUAAGGCACAGGCUGCUCGAGGUGAUGAGGAAACAGCAGAGGUCAUCAUUGAGAUUAGUGACCAGCUUAAUGGUGACCAUCUGUCUAAGGAGGCUCAACAGCUGCAGAGCCAGCAGAUUGACCAACAGUCUUCCUUGAUAGAGAAACAGAAAAUGGAAGAAAGAGAGAUGGAGAUGGAACUUGAUAAUGAACUGAGGAAGACCAAGGAAGCUGUGGAUUUGCAGAUUGAUCAGCAGAAGAGACUGGCUGUAGAGAACAUGCAAGCUAAACACGAACGUGAGAUGCAACUUCAUGGCAAGAAACUGAGUGAAGAUGAGGUGGAGAGGUUGCUUGCAAUACACAAGCAGGAAGUGGAGGCCUUUGAAAGAAAUCUAGAUCAGGAAAGAGCCAGGCAGAAGAAAUCACUGGAAGAUAAGGUGAUGGAGAGGAAACGCCAAAAAGCAGAUAGGCUGGCUGAGAAGCACAGCAUAGAGAUGAACAGAGUAUUGAUGCAACAACAACAAGACAGAGACAAACUGAACAGCACACAGGCCAAGGGUGUAGAGAACACAACUCUCAAAGAGUCAGUAAAGGACAAAGAUGGCCAGCAGGCAGAAAACAUGGUGUACACAGUUCUACGCCAGCGGCACAUGAAAGAAGGCAUCCAUCUUGAAGACCAGUUGGAAAAGGAGCGAGCAGCCAUGUUAGCUCAGGCCCGUGCCCAGAUGGAAGAACAACGCCAAGGAGAGAGGGAGAAACUGAUGGCAGCAUUUGAACAAGAACUCAUGGACCUCAUAGCUAACUCUGCCUCCUUGAAAAAUGGAGAACUUCAGGAGAAGAAAGAAGAACUUAAACGACAACAACAGCGAAUUCUUGGUGAGUUUGACCUCCUCACUCCACAACUGGUGAAGCAGGAAGAAAAGGAUGCAGACAGGCUUGCAGACAUAAAAUCAACCAAUGAACGCCUUGCUUUGAAAGAGCGUCAACUUCGUGAGUUAGCUGAAGCCAUGCGCAACCUGACUGCUGAGGAGAAAUUAAUGAAGGAAUAUGAAGAAGAGGCCAAACGAGCUGCAGAGGAAAUGAUCAAAUUUAAGGAAGAUUCACUUAGAAAGAUGCAGGAAGAAAUGGAAAAGAUGAAGGCUGAUAAACUAAGACAGGAAGAAGAGAAGAAAAGGAUGAUGGCUGAAAAGCUCAGACAAAUGGAAGAAGAUCUGGAGGCAGACAAAAAACGUGAAGAGGAACGAGAGAAACAACGAGCUGCAGAAAGAGAAAGAGUCCAUAAAAAACAAAUGGAAGAGCGUGAUCAGCGACGUCGUCAGGAAAUUGCUACAAUGGAAACUAGUGAAGAAGAAAAAGAACGCCUUCUGCGGGAGCACAAAGAGAACAUGGAGAAAUUUGAUCAGUCAUUAAAGAAAGAGCAAGAACGUAGCAAAUCUGCAUUGCAAGCUAAACUUGAGGCACGAAGAAACAAGCAAAAGGCAUCUCAAUCAGCCAUGUUGGAGAAAGAUAUUCAAUUAGAACAGGAGGAAGAAUAUAAGCGUGAACUGAAGAGAAAGAUGGAGGAAGAGGCACUGAGGAACAAAGAUGAAGAAGGUGGAAUGGGACAGCACACCCCUGGGCAACAGUCUGGUCACAUGCCCUUCAUGCCCACUGGUAAUGCAGAGCAGGACUGGGUGAACAUGCUGAUGGCAUCCCCAUUGUUCCAGCAGAUAAGUGAUCUGGAGAACCUGCUGGACAAGACUGUGGGAGCAGGACCAGCGAAUAAAGUCAUAGGUGCUGACUACAGCAGGUCCUACCUGGAUGUGAAGGAUGCACAAUGGGUUUGCAAAGGUGACCUCGUCCCAGUGGACAUCAAUGACAUUAGUGCGAGCCAGUUUGUGGUUUACCGCUUUGGUGUCUUUAUCAACCGCAUGCUUCAUCAGCUGGUGGACGCUCCUGACGUAACUCUUCUUCUGGCGUCCAAUCUGCCUCCAAACAACUAUGAGUUCAACGCAUUCAGGAAUUCCUUCUUUUACGAGCAUGCACGCAAGAUUCUGUUCAUCAGAGCAGAAAGAUUGGAAUCUGUUGGGGACUUCAUUGUUGUCAUCUUGCACUGUUUGGCUCACAUUAAAGUUGGAGAUCUGGCUGAUGACACAAAUCCUCUCUUUUUGCGGCAGUUCUAUAAGUCCAUGAGAGCUGUCUGCCAGGAUAUGUUCUUUGCACGGUCUCGCAGCACAACAAAUGCCGAGUCACUAAUUGGAUCAGGCAGUGGCAGAACUGCACUAGAGAAGGCCUUCAAACAUGCUAAAACACCUGACCAAAAGGCAAAUGUAUUUGGAGAACUUGUUGAGCAGAAAAUGACUGGAAAUGUAGACUUCUCUGAUAAGACUAUGUCAAAUCGUAUUCAAGGUUAUGAAGCUUUCUCUGGCAAUGCCCAGCUUCGCCAGGUUCUAGCUUCCAAGGGAGGAAUAGCAGCAUCUGGCGACUUUAUUGCAGACCGCUUGACAGAGCUAAGAGGGAAGAAGGGGAAUAGAAGCAAAACUGACCGAAAGGGUAUGUUCAAGCAGCGUCACCUGGACAGCCAUCAAGAUCUGGUGGAAUCUCAGUUGAAGCACCUGCAGGACAGGUGUGACACACUCAAUGCAGAGCUGGCACAGGUGAUGAAAUCUGCUGCUGACUUGGAGGAGGGCAUUAAGAAGCAUGAGGACAGUGGUGAUGGCCAGAGACUGGACACACUUAAGCAACAACUGGCCACUGUCCAGCAGAGACGAGAUCUCCUGAUGAAGAAAGUUGCACACAUCGAGACUGAUAUAGCCAAGAAAAAACAGGACUUGACCACAGCUAAAAAUAUGUGAAUGGGAUAAAUUAUUUUUAUAACAAUUAAUGUUGAUGACAUAGACCAUAAAUGAAAUCGGUCGUAAAACAAGUUUUACAUUCAAGACUGAGUUAUACUUGAUAUCAUAAUCAUGCCUGACAGCUCAGUCCAAGACAUCAAAUGUACAAUAUCAAAUCAGACUUGAACAGUUCAUGCACAAAGUGACCGUCUUGAUAUAUAUGUAUGUAUUAAGUUAUCUGGGCAUUUAGUAUAUUAUUUUUCCAUCUAGUAUUGACUGUAGAAGAAUGCUAUAUGCAUUACUACAGCAUUUUCUAGAUUUAGACACGCAGUAGGUCAGAUGUUUGAUUAUCAUCAUGACAAGACUAUGCAAUUACUAUUUCCAUCAUCUUAUGAAGAUUAUUUAAAUCAUUGGUGAUGCAGUACAUAUUUAUUCAAGAAAAUUUCUCCUAUUUUUUUACAUUUUUAUAGUCUUUUCAUUUUUUCAGUCCACUAUGACUACUGAUUUGUACAUAAUAUGAUAAUUUACGCAAUGAAAAUGUAGGCAAUUGUCUUAACAUUCCAAUGACUGUAGAUACUUAAUGAUGCCGUCCAAUCUCCUGCUUGCCUUUAUUUAGAUGAGUGGGGACAUUUUUUUGUAAAUCUUAAAACUUUUUACUGAUAUUUUGUAAAUUAUAUUUACAUAUAACCGUCCAUGCCAAGAGAGACCCAUAAUGUUAAUGUAAAGCAUUAUAAAUAUGCAUUCCUAGUACAGAUAAUAGUUUUGAUUAACUAGUCGCUUGUCAAACAGCUGAAUUGUGUUGACCAGUGAACUGUGAGGUUUUUGCUUAAUAUAUAUUUAUUCGGGGCAGAGGAUUUUUUGUGCAUUAAAAGUGUAACAUAUUACUAUCUUUUUUUUUUUUCUUUCUUUAUGAAGACAAUGAAUUACUGUGAUAAAGUAUUAAUUGAAACCUAUCUCUAGGUUAACUUUUUGUACUAUUAUGCUACCGGUACAUGCAUUUACAAAUUAUAACAUAUAGAAGCAUCUAUAUACUACAAUGUAUACCUAGUUAUAUAGUUUGAAAAUAUUUUGUACUUCACAUAGUGAAAUAAAUUCAGUGCAGAA